AGUCGCGUUGUUUAAUUUAACGCGCGCGGAGAAGUACGUCGUGCUUGUGAAGCGACUAAGGGAUUACGUCGAAUGAACGGCUCUCUCUAAAGCGGAUGGUCCCGCGGACUUUAUGGAUGGCUCUUCUUUCGUUCCUGUGUAUAUGAGUUCCCGAGAUGAUAGUAAUGACUGCGCGGAUGCGAUGUUGUCUGUAUAAACACGGCUGAGGUUUCCAAUAGCGAAGCUAAAUGAUGAGCGCACGCUUUGAAGAGAUGUAUUUAAUCAUCGAUAAAAUAUCACUCGGUGCGAAAUCUCCGAAAGUUCCUCGAAGAACUUCGAGCGGGAAAUGAAAAAUUUAUUUUAAAAUUAAUUCAAUUAUUAAAAUUAAUUAGAGCCACAUGUUAAUUGAAUUAAAAUUAAAUUAUGAAAUAUACAAAUUUAUUAGGACAUUAUUUAUUAAAUAAAUUUUUUUACCCUUGAGUCUCCUACUUCCAACUUUAGCUGUAUUUCCAAGUGGGAAAUCGAUCUCAAUAAGAUCCUAAAAUAUUUUCUGUAGUUGGGAUAAGAUUCUCAAUUUGCAUCGUAAUACGAUACACCUAUUUGGAACAAGUCUGGACAAUCAGGAUUUAGCUAUACUUGGAAAUAUUUGGGAAAUUUUCGGAGGGGAAAUGGAAUUGCCGAUAUAUCGGAGUGGGAUAUCCAAUUUUGAGGCAAAUCAUUUUAAUCUAUCUGUGCUGCAUCUGGCAAAAGCCUGAGAAAUUUCUACGCGAAUGAUAACAUCCGCACGGCGUAGCAUUUCGCUCCCGUGUAAAACUGAAACCGAUAAUCUUCGAUAAGUACACGCGGCGAAAAAUAUCCUCGCUCCAAGGAUUGAGUUACGGGAAGACGGUUGACCGGCGACGGCGGUGUCGUUCACUUCCGCCGGUCUUAAUCGGAUUACUCGGCGACUCUUGGCCGCCGAUAACGCUGCCUGCCAACUCGAAGGAUGCGAUCUGAACCCCCGUACGAUCGAAUGUCGCAAAAUAAACAGCAGUUUAUCACAGCGGGACGCGUUUGUCGAGCUCGAGCACGCCGCUGCAGCUGCGCGAUAAUUGCAUCGGUGCUCGUUUUCGCGAACGACGCACGACAACCGUCUGAAACACGGCCGCGAAUCGCGGUUCGGUCUGUGUCGUCCAUUAAGAACUCGAACUGGUUUAUCACCUGCCAAGUUGAACGGACCACGCUGAGCGGAAUCGGAUAUCUGCACUUUCGCGACGAGGACGGAGCAUUUUCAUGUCACGAAUAAACCACUGACGGGGCUAUUCACGCCGGAUACGAGGCCAAAGGCGUUGAAGGAACUAUACGAGCUCGCUGCCAUAGUCGCCGUUCGAAGUUUGGAUUCCUUGAGGAGGGAUGGCAGCUCGAUGGAUAUGUUUCUUUGCACACCCGUACUCGGUAAGAGAAGGCGGGACCAGAGCCUCGACAUCGAGUCUAGAGUCCCGGCUGCUAUCGAGGAUCUGCGAAGAUGGACGUCCGCAGAGGCGCUCGGCGACGUCACCGUACCGCCGGACUGCAUGUCCAGGAUCCUGGGCGACACAACCAGCGACGACGCCGUCGAUCACAAGCUACCAAGCCCCGAGGAACAGGUUCAGGCUAUCGCGCUCAAAUUCCCGGCGGAAAUCGUGGCGGUGGAUGUGAGCGGACGAGGUUUCGAAAGAAUGUCGACGAGGAGAAGGUCCUUGCUGUCAGGACCGGCGGAAACUCAGGAAACGACAGUGAAGAGGCGAUCACGACCACGCAGGCCCAGGGGAAAAAGACGAAACACAAUCGCUGGUACCGAUCAGAAGGAGAUUCGGCAAGCCAUCGGAGGGGAGACAACCGGCGACGAACCCGAGGAGACGAUGCCGAAUGCCACGCCGAGAGCCCAUCGCUCAGCGAGCACGGACAUCCUGGGUUCCACGAAGAAGGACUCGCCCACGGAAAAGAAGUCACACUUCAAUACGUUGAAGGCGUGGGGCAUGUCCCGACUGAAGUUGAUUAGCCCGAGAUCGAGUCAGCAGCAACAGCAACAACAACAAGAAUCGGCGGUUGUCGCGUCUAGCACAGAAAGGGACGAGCAGACUCAAGGCCAGACGAGGUCGCCGGAAGAGAUCAACAUCUACGAGACGGUGACGACGAGACGAAGAAGGGACAAGUCGCACGAGAGGAAGCCCAGUUCGUCCAGUUCGAGUGGUAAGAGCACUGCCAGUAUACCGGUGUCGGUGCCGAGUACAGACAAACAGCCGAGCGUGAAAUUGCGCGAGAGUGCCGCCCAGAGGCGAGAGAGACGGAAGGGCAGCAACCGCGACGACGCUCCGCACUCAAGCUCAGGGAACUGGAGCGCCUCGUCCGAGAGCGGAAGGGCCAGCAUCGGCAGUGAGACUACUACUACCACACAUCAACCCAGGUCUACGACAACUGCUUCGAUUGGCACGUCUUCCACUUCUUUGAGUCACAUGAGGCGACUCAAAGGAAGGGAUACGUCGGCCUCAUCCUCAGUAACGUCUGAGGGUACCUUAACUCCGGAUAUCAUACAAGAUAUCACGGUGGUACCAUUUUCUGACGACGGUGAGACAUCCUCUGUGUAUUCCUGCGACACAGAAGGGUACUACACCUCGUUCCACAUGGAUUCUGGUCUAAAAACACUUAGAGAGGAAGAACCUGUGCCACAAAGCCCUUUGACCAAAUCCAACGAUAUCAGCUCUGAUCCUACCUCGCCGGUCAUCGAGAACGAGUAUGAACUAUUCGGCAGAGGAUCGACUUCUACAACGACCAGUUCAGCCGGAACGGUUUGCACCGCGUUGAUGGCACCACCUCCCCCGGAACGCAAGUCCAGUCUCACGGUUGUUGCUAUGGUCCACGGUCAAAAUCAGAACGGCGGCGAGUCACCAGAUAGCGGACACAACACAUCAUCGUCACCAGUCGAAUCCGCCUCGAGUCCAGCCUGCACAGGUCGAUCAUGCUCCGAAUUCGAAUAUUCAGAGUCGAGCGAUCUGGAAGGCUGCGAACGUAUUGAAAGGAUUCGCUCGAAGACGGCGAUCACUAGCAGUCGAAUUCCCUCGAUGUGUGUGAUCACACCACCUGGUUCCGACGACGAACACACGCGAGAAACAGAACAAAGCGAGAAGAAAAAGAACGACCCGAGACGGUCCGAUCUUCAAAGUGGCGGAUCGGUGCUGAUGUCCGCCACCGUUGGCACCUCCAAGAUGGAGGUUAUCAACGGCCAAGACAAGAAUUUGUACGCCACCGUGCAGGUGUUGCCAGUCACAAGCGGCAACGACAGGCCGCUAACAACCAGCCAGCCGUCGAUGAAGAUCAGUCCACUAAGCGGUGUUCUGGGGAAACUUCGUGGCGUGCUUCCGGGUAGGAAACAACCCACGAAGAAUGGCGCUAUACAGGAGUUGUCGAAUCCAGACUCCGGCGACUAUGUGACCAUAGCCGACGUGAGGAACAACAACGAUAAGCGUCCGGGCCCACCCUCGUCGUCGUCAUCAUCGUCAUCGGGCAUGACUCCUGUCCGACCUGCCGCCACCUACGCUAAUUCCGACAUCUUCAAGAAGGACGCAGAAUACGUGAGCUUAAGCGAGCUGCCGAAAAAGCCAGAUUCCUCGCUGGAAAGGAAGAGGCAGGGUGCUCGCGUCACUCUGGAUUCUGAGGGAAAGGUCGUGUACUCGUCGGACAGCUUGAAGAGGAGGAAAGGAGCGCAUACAACGUUCAAUCCAGGUCCCUUCGUGCGGGAAGGCGUGUCACCUAGCCCGUCGCCGUUGCUGCAUCGCGCAAUGCCGAACAUCCGUGCCGUGCCAAAGAGCGGAGACGCCGUGGAUGGUUUCAGUCGAUCCACGCCGCCAACGUCUCCACAGCUGGGCAAACUGAUCAUACGGGCAGCGCGGAGUCCGGAUCGCGCGGCCAGUCCGGAUUACGUACGCACGCCGGCAACCGUGGUCGGUCCUACGAGUCCGACCAGUCCCCACAGACAAGUCCGCGGGGCUUACGUCAACGUGCAAGGCGACGAAGACAACCCUUUACUCAGCAUACCACCGGCGGAAUCGAUACCGCCGCAGGCGAUAGUCCAACCGCCACCUUACGUCGCUCCACCGCCACCUGCGGAAGACCAGCAGAAGUCGCAAAAGUAUCAGGAGAUUCUGAAGGACUCGCAGCCGAGUCUACAAGCAUAUCCCGACAACGAGAAACAGCAACUGAUCACAACUGAGCGAAAGCAGACUUAUUCGCAGGAUAUCUACGAUCCUCGCCCGAACAUCCAGCAAUAUGACAGCUGCAGGAGUCUCCUUGAACAACCUCCGCAGCAGCGGAUGUCGAACUAUGAGUACCAACGAGCGACAAACUAUCAGACAGUGCACAUGCACAACGCGAGGAACCAGCAGCUCUGCUCGUCGGGCAGAGACAUCAACCAGCAGUUCUACACCUUGCCGACGAGGAGACCUCAACGAGAGGUCGAUCCGCCGCGCAGCGUCACACCGGACAUCACGAGAGGUCUAGGACGCGGUUCCCUUAGCGGGAUGCAUGUAAUGGCAAAGCAGGGUCAGAUGAUCGCUGAGAACGAGCAAGCCCGAUACGGCUCCUAUGCGGAUUUAGGAAGCAGGAACUUGGAGCAGCAGGAGGCGCGGGGCAGAUAUGUGCAGAGUCAACCGCAGUCGGUUGUGGAUGUCAGAAACAGGUUCGCAACGCCUCUAAGCCUAGCUGCACUCGGAUAUCGAUUCUUCGCAUCCUCGCCCGCCAAUGAUCCUCUUACGAAGUCUCCUAACGCGGACAUCCUCAAGAAUAAUCAAAUUUCGCCGAUCGGCCCUGUCUACGGUAACAGUUUCAAAUCGUCCACUCCCACUGGACGAUCGGCGCCAACUGUAGCGGAACGUCUAGCUCUAACUGCUGCUGAUAAUUGCGCAUCGCCAGCACCAAGCUCCUCCGGUAGAAGCACUCCUGUCCAGACCUCUUCCGGUAGAAAUACACCAACGAAUCUAAUCCUGUCGCCCACUAAGAGUACCAUGUCUAACGAGGAAUUGUUCGCCGCGAUUCACAAGUCCAAGAAGCGACUCAACAUCAAACUCAACGAGGAUAAUGAAAAUUUGUCACCUCACGGUUCAAUGAACUCCUUAGUGAAGACACCGGCUGGCACCAGACACAGUUGGAGUCCGGAAUCUCAAAAAGCUCCAGAGAUACCGACCACUGUUCAGUCGCCUACGUCGCGAAUGGACUUCAAGCGUUUGCUCCUUCAGCAAAGCGUGAAGACGGGUCCUAUGCGACGAUCAGCGGCGGAACAAUUACAACUAUCGCGUAACCAGUGUCAGCAACAACAGCAACAACAAUCAUCGCCGACCGCCCAUCAGAGUCCUUUGGCCAAGGUUCUAAGUCCUCGCUCGGUCUGGAGGUUUCAGACGCCAAGAACAGAUGUACUUUCCUCUACCAUAAUCGAAGACACCGCGGCGGAGGAGAAAGCCAUGAAACCUUCACCGGAAAACACCUCACCUAUCUCAAGGCUGAACUUCAAGAGGCAACUAGACCUCUGCUGCGACUUACCGACUCAUUUGCGUCUCGUUGAUCGCGAGACGACGAACAAAAUGCCGACGAACGAACUCGAUGCUGAUUUCACGACAAAAUCGCGAAAUCAAAGCGACAAAAUGCAGAACUUAGUUACGAGUGUAUCUAACAAUCCAGCACGAAUUGCAUCUCCUGCGAAGAGUACAACAACCGUCCAGGACACUACAACCUCGCGUCCUCAAAUUACCGCCACCAAUACAACGAUGCAGUAUUUGCAGACUACAUUGUUGACCGAAUCGAAAAAUCUAGAUCCUGUGAGCGCUUUCGAGUCGAGGAGACUUAGCAAUCAAUUGGCGAGAGCUCAGUUCCUGGCGACUGCACCUACGAGCACCAAUCAGGCGCAGAAUUCCUACUUCAAAAAGAGAUUUAGAGCGAGAUCGGAAUCACCCCAACACGCUGCGACACAAAAUGUAACGCGUAGCCCAAGUGCGCCUACUCUCGAGACGGCUCUGUGAUCUGGGAAUGUUAACUAGCACGACUAGCAUCUCGUGCAAAUGUAGAAAUUUAGCUCUUCAUUAUUGUGGUGAUUUUGUGCUCAUUUUCUCUCUCCCAAAAAUAUAUUAACAUUACUUACAUUUAGUUAAUUUCAAACAUUAGACGAUUUAAUAUUUAUAUAUUUAAUAUAUAUACAUAAUAUUAUAGACAUAUCUAUAUAAUAGAUAUGUUCUAUACAUAUAUAUUAAAUAGAUAUACAUACAUAUUAAAUAGAUAGAUAUAUUAUACAUAUAUAUUAAG